AGUAUAUAGUGUAUCCUCUGAGCAUACCUUGACAAGUGAUGAAGAACAGAGUUGGCAGCAACUCAACACGUUGAGAAGCUUUCCUGAAGGGCAAAGGAACUGCUAUACACUCGCACCCAAACAAGGCAGAGUGAUGUUGUAAGAUCCGAGGUGAUUCACGUUGCCCAGUCUGACCACAUUGACGUGUGUCUGAUAAACAAAGGCCAAGGAACACCAUUCAUUUCCUCGUUAGAGCUUUGGCCUUUGCCCAUAAAGCUAUAUCAGCCGACUCCCAAUUACUCCCUCUUGCACUCGCCACACGCCGUAACUUUGGCAUGACCGAACGUUUCGAUUUCGUCAGGUCUUGGUUCCAGGGUGACAAAGACACCAAAAACUCACGGCCAAUCAGCACAUCAAUAGCGAUUGACGAUGAUUCCAAAGAGUACAAACUACCAAAGGAAGUGUUGAGCACCGCAAUCACGCCACUGAAUAGUUCGUUUCCAUUAGUUGUCAACGUGAAUGCUAGCACAAAUCAUGAGUAUUAUGUUUAUCUUCAUUUCUUUGAAUUUGAGAAGCAUUCUCAGAAUCAGCAGAGAAGUAUGGACAUUGCCUUCACUGAUUCAAUCCGAGACAACAACGUCACUCUUGAAUACUUGCAACUCCAAACCAUCGUUCAUCGGAUUCCAAAAGAACUCUCUCUUACUAAUAUUUCCAUCACUUCCUCCCCAGGUUCUACUCUGCCCCCCAUCGUCAACGGUCUUGAGAUCUACAGGGUACGACACAAACAAAAUUCACCAACACGUGAAGGAGAUGGCAAGUUUGAUGCGAUGAGGAAUAUCAGACACGGUUAUAACAUCAUGAGAAUCAGUUGGCAAGGAGAUCCCUGCAUGCCAGAGGAUUAUAGAUGGGAAGGUGUAACUUGCAAUAAUUACUCUGGUAGCAUUCCAAGGAUCAUUUCAUUGAACUUGAGCUCAAGCAGAGUAGAUGGAGAGAUUAUGGGUACUAUUUUCUCCAAACUCGACAUGUUGGAGUCAUUGGACUUGUCAAACAACCAACUGACUGGAGAAAUACCAGAAUCUUUAGCAAAAGUAGCCAAUUUGAAAGUGCUUAAUUUGACAGGAAAUGAUCUCAUAGGUUUAGUUCCUGAGUCUCUGGAGGAGAAAUCCGGCUUGACAUUGAGUUUGGAUGGAAAUCCAGGUCUCUGUCAAACAGCUAGCUCUUGCAAAACCAAAACGCUCAUUGGACCACUUGUUGCCUCAGCAAUAGCUUCUGCGGCAGUUCUUCUGAUAGCAAUUUUUAUUCCUAUCAUGCUCUGCAAACGGAAAGGAAAACCACAAAAUGCGAUGUUGCCUAAGAAGGGUGGUGAUUUUAGAUCAAAAUGUCAAGCAUUUAGUCUGGAAGAAGUUGUUAGUAUGACCAAUAACUUUGAAUCAGUAAUUGGUGAAGGCGGAUUUGGAAAAGUGUACCUUGGAAAAUUACAACAUGGUAUCCAAGUUGCAGUCAAAUUACUGUCCAAGUCAUCACACCAACGAUUUACCGAGUUUGAAUCAGAGGCAAAGCUAUUAUCAUUGGUUUAUCAUAAAAACUUAGUUUCUCUUAUCGGUUACUGUGACGAUGGUGACAUGAAAGCAUUGAUUUAUGAAUAUAUGGCAAAGGGAAAUCUCCUACACCUAUUGACAGGUAAGAGCCCUUAUGUUAUAAAGUGGAAAGAGAGACUUCAAAUUGCAUUCGAUGCAGCAUGUGGAUUGAACUAUCUACAUAAUGGUUGCAACCCACCAAUAGUUCAUCGAGACCUAAAAUCAUCUAACAUCUUAUUGAGUGAAAACAUGCAUGCCAAGAUUGCUGAUUUUGGACUCUGUAAGGUUUUUGCUAGUGAUACUGAUACCCAUAUUUCAACUCGUCCUGCUGGCACAUUUGGCUAUCUUGACCCUGAAUUUUACAGAUGUGGGAACUUGCACAAGAAUAGUGAUGUUUAUAGUUUUGGGAUAAUUCUACUUGAGUUGAUGACCGGACGACCAGCUAUCAUCAAAACAUCUGAAGGUAUAAAUCACAUAGUUGAUUGGGUGACUCCAAAGUUUAAAGUGGGAGAUAUGGAAUCCAUUAUGGAUCCGAAAUUAGAGGGAAAAUUCAAUAUUGCUUCAGCAAGAAAGGUUAUAGAGAUAGCCAUGUGUUGCAUUGAAACAAGUGCAGUGAAAAGACCUGAUAUCAGUAAUGUAGAGAAUGAUCUGAAGCAGUGUCUGGCUCUGGAAACGAACAAUGAAAGUGAAGAAAGCAGCAGUUUAUUCUCAAGCAGCACAUUUGAUACAAGUUUUUAUCAGUGUGGAUCACACUCACCACCAUCUGUUAGGUAAGACUGUUUGAUGAGUCAUGCAUUACAUAUAAUUAAUUUCUCUUAACUGAUAAUCUAUGUGUUUGCCUUAAUCGAAUUGUUUGCAUUAUAUGUCGGAUUUUAUUCUAGUAGACUCAUUUGUAAACUGUACGCUUAAGUUUAUUAGAAGUUUGCAAA